AUGAAGCUGAACAUCUCGAACCCACUGAACAAUGUUCAGAAGAGCAUAGAAAUCGACGAUGAGAAGAAGCUACUUCCCUUCAUGGAAAAGCGCAUAGGGAACGUCGUCCCCGGGGAUUCCAUAGGCGAAGAAUUCUUAGGAUACGUGUUUAGGAUAACCGGAGGAAAUGACAAGCAGGGAUUUCCAAUGAUGCAGGGAGUGCUCACCAACAACCGUGUGAGGUUGUUAUUUAAAAAGGGCAUGAAAUGUUAUAGGCCAAGAAAAAAGGGAGAAAAAAGACGAAAAUCGGUAAGAGGAUGUAUAGUGGGCCAAGAUUUGUCCGCACUAAACCUAACCCUAGUUAAGAAAGGCACAAAUGAAAUCCCAGGAUUGACCGACAAAGCAGUGGGAAAAAAAUUAGGACCAAAAAGAGCCUCGAAAAUUAGAAAGCUUUUCAACUUGGAUAAAACAGAUGAUGUUAGAAAGUAUGUUAUUGGAAGAGCCAUUUCUAAAAAUGGAAAAAACAGAUUCAUCAAGCCAAAGAUACAAAGACUUGUUACAGAAAAAAGGCUUCUACGUAAAAGAUCACUCAUAGCAAAGAAGGAGAAACGCAGAUUAGAAAAGAAAAAAGUAAUUAAAGAAUAUAAAAAGCUCUUGAACAAGUACAGAAAUGAUUUGCUGAACAACACGGAUGAUACUGCAGGAAAAAAGAAAAAAGUUAAAAAGUCCAUUUCGAAAGAUUCCCAGAAAAAAGACGCAAAGAAAAAAGAUAAAAAAAUUUUGAAGGGGGACAAAGUAGAGGCAGGCAAAAAGGACAUUAAAAAGGGCACUGGCAAAAAGGAGGUAGCCAAGAAAGACGCAGGAAAGAAAUUGGCAUCGGGAUCCGCAGCCACCGGCAAAGUAAAGGAUGAGAAGCAGUCCAAGCAGGACAGCAAAGUGGUGAAGGUCGACAAGAAGGCCCCCGCGAAACCUCAGAAGGAGGACGUCAAGGGUGGCAAGAAGAAAAAGUGA